UCACUCAUAAUUAAAAUUGGCUUCAACUACCACUCUGCUUCCAAUUCAAAGCCUACUAAUCUCUUAUCUCACACUUAUUCCCACCAUGGCCGUACCUGAUGAUGAUGAUCAUCAUCAUCUAGUUUUCAUCUGUACUCCGGCCAUCGGAAAUUUAGUUCCGGCAGUCGAAUUCGCCGUCCGAUUAGUCAAUCACGACUCUCGUUUCUUCGUCACUUUUCUGGCCAUCGACAUCCCUGGAACACCCCUUGUCAAUGCCUAUACUCAAUCACGUUUCUCACUUUCCCUUUCUCAAGACAUCCAAUUCAUUCAUCUCCCACCUCUCGAACCCCCAUCUCCCAAUCUCUACAAUUCCUAUAUCGGUUAUUUGUCCUUACUUUUCGAAUCUCAUAAGCCCAACGUCAAGAAUUCAAUCUCCCAUCUCCAAAAACUUCACAAUUCCAGCCGUAUCGUUGGAAUUUUUGUCGAUAUGUUCACUACCGCAUUCAUCGACGUUGCUAAUGAUCUCCAAAUUCCUUCCUACCUUUUCUUCGCUUCUCCAGCCACUUUCCUUAGCCUCAUGAUUCAUCUCUCUAAAAUGGAUCAUGACCGAUUUAACGCGCUGAUCCUUGACUCGGACGCUGAGUUCGUUUUACCGAGUUAUGUUCACUCGUUGACUGUCAACUUGUUGCCGCCUACUCUUUCGACGGAGGAUGGUCUGUUUUGGUACGCCCAUCACGGGCGACGGUAUGGUGAGACGAAAGGCGUUGUUAUAAACACGUUUGCAGAGCUUGAGCCACACGCGCUGCGGUCGUUGGAUGAGGUUCCGCCGGUUUAUGCUAUUGGGCCUGUGGUUGAUUUGGGCGGCCCGGCCCAGUGGCAGCCUUCUCAUGGGACCCAUCAGAGCGUUGUGAAGUGGCUUGAUGGUCAGCCUGAGGGUUCGGUUGUUCUGUUGAGCUUUGGGAGUAUGGGGAGUCUUGAUAAAGAUCAAGUAAGAGAGAUUGCGUUUGGGCUGGAAAGGGUGGGGUUCCGGUUCGUGUGGGCCGUACGGCAGCCUCCUAAAACCAAGUUAGAACACCCGGACGAUUACUCCGAUCUAAACGACGUCUUGCCAGAAGGGUUUCUGACUCGCACCGCCGGCCGGGGAUUGGUCUGUGGAUGGGUCCCGCAGGUGACUAUUUUGAGUCAUGGUGCAAUUGGAGGGUUCGUGUCGCAUUGUGGGUGGAACUCGAUUUUAGAGAGUUUAUGGUUGGGUGUGCCAAUAGCAACAUGGCCUGUGUAUGCAGAGCAACAAAUGAACGCCUUUGAAAUGGUGAAGGAAUUGGAAUUGGCGGUGGAGUUGCGGCUCGACUAUAGGAAAGGAAGCAAGUUGGUGACGGCGGAGGAGCUAGAGACGGCACUGAGGCGCUUGAUGGACGGCAGAGAAGAUGUUAGAUCGAGAGUGAAGCAGAUGGGAGAGAAGUGUAGAACGGUUCUCGUGGAAAAUGGAUCCUCCUAUAGGGCAUUGAAUUCUCUAAUUGACAAAUUAACGGCUCAGAUUUUGUAACUGUUUGAAUUUGGGCCAUAUUCAUGUUGCCUCUUAUUUCUUUGAUCAUGAAAUAGGAGAAGAAAAUUAAAUAAAUAAUUAAGUCUAGUUAGGAGUUGUCUGACCUGUUGAGUUGAUUAUUAUACUAUGUGGUUACUAUAGAUUGUAUUAUAAUAGUUUAUGUUUUGUUUUCUAGUGCAAACUAUUUUAGUAUAGAUUAUAAUAGUAUGUGUGUAGUUGCACUCUGAAAUAA